AAGAGAAAGAGAGAGAGCACGAGAUCGGGCUUCUUUUUUUCCUCUCCUCGCGCGCGUCUGGUAUCGCGCGCGUUUGGUAUUGCGCGACGUCCCCUCGGUGGUUGGCGAGCGGUCGGCGCCACCGCGCGCGCGGAAGCAUGAGGGACGAGGUGAAGAUGGACGCGAAUCGCCUGAUCGCCGAGGUGUACAAGCGGCCGGCGCUAUGGAAUCAGAGGCACAUCUCCUACCACAAUCGCGAGGUGACCAACGGCGUCUGGAUGGAGAUCGCGGCGAUAUUCAAUCUCCCCAAGCCGAUGCUGAAGGCCAAGUGGAAAGGCCUGCGCGACACGUUCCGGGCCGAGCUGAAGAAAGACCAAGUGUAUCGCAAGAGCAAGUUCCAUCGCAACCGGCCGGUAUGGAUUCACUUCAAGAGCCUGCAGUUCCUCAAGGAGCAGAUGCUGCCGCGGCCGCCGAUCUGGGAACGCAACGUCGCCAAGACGGAGGACGACUUGCAGCCGUGCGAGAGUGAGACGGAGAACGGUGCGUCGGUUGUAAUGCACGGAGGUCUCGACGGUGGCCUCGAUGACCGGGACGCGAUCGCCGAUCAUCUGCUGUCUAUGGCCGGCCACGACAACGGUCAUCACCAGCUGAAGCUGGACAGCGACGGCCGGCACAUCGUGAAUGUGAAGCGCGAACCUGAGGAGAGCUUCGACAACCUCGAGUUCCAGAGUGUCGCCGACAAUCUGGCGGACAACGAAAUGAUGCUGCAGAAUAUUUCGCCGGAACAGGUGCUGAUGAGCGACAGCGACGGUGGCGUCGGCUUGGCCGGCGUCGACCCGCUCGACGGUAACCGCUUCGACGACAACUACUAUUUUCUGAUGAGCCUGUUGCCGCACAUCAGGACCUUGCCGGCUGACCGCAGGAUGCUGCUGCGCAUGCAGAUGCAGGAGCUCGUUUACAAAGAGGUCUACAAGAAGGCCGCCGACGCCGAGCAGACGGCGAAGACUUAACUCGAAUUACGCGGUCUCCUCCCGGCGUCGACUCGCGAGAUUCCUCGUUCCUUCGAGGAAUAAGGAAUCCGGAUUUGAUACGUGUGUAAGCGAGAGAGAGAGAGAGAGAGACCCUUUAGUCCUCGAAGACCGACUAUAUAUCCUUAGAAGACACAGUGUAUUUUUGAUUCUCUCCAUACAAGGUCGAUCGGUGAAAAUAAAAGAGAGGUAGUUACCUUUAGUUAGAGAGCGAUGUUGAAAAAAGUGCGAGUUCAGAGAGAGCAACAGAAAGAGAGAAUGCUGAGGAAUAAAUAGCACACAAAGUAGACAAACCGGCGCGAAU